AAUGUUCUGACCCGGUCUAAGAUGAAGGUAUGGAAGUUUGCUGCCAUAGUCUCCAUGGUUUUCAGUUCCAUGCUGUCCGUGUUGGUUUGUAGAGACCUGUUUGGCGGGAAACCCACGUCCACCUUCUUCCGCUCCGCGCUUUUCCCGAGAACGUCCUCAUCGCCCCCUUGGCUGGCGGAAGGCUGGAGGAGGCACCCGCGGGAUCUGGAACGGCACCGCGCCCUGAUCUCCCAGUACAGCACGUUGUUCGAGACCUACACGGAGAGAGAGAUCCGCCAGUUGAUCUCCACGUUGAUCGAGAGGUACAGCCAGUCCAUGAACUCCGGGGCCCACGAGCUGCCGCUCUUCGCCAGGGUCAGCAACCGGAUGAAGCGUGCCAAGGCCCGCCACAAGCCCUGCUCCCUCAAGGAGCUAGAGGUGACCGUCCGCGAGCUGGGCCUGGGUUACAAUUCGGACGAGACGGUCCUGUUCCGCUACUGCAGCGGCACCUGCGACGCGGCCGUGCGGAACUACGACAUGUCCCUGAAGAAUGUCCGCAGCGCCCGGAAGAUCCGGAAGGAGAAGGUGAGGGCCCGGCCGUGCUGCCGGCCCCUGGCGUACGACGACGACGUCUCCUUCUUGGACGCGAAGAACCUGUACCACACGGUGAACGAGGUGUCGGCUAAAGAAUGCGGCUGCGUGUGA